CGCGGAGAGAAGGACGCUGCUGUCUACUCCCCCCCGUUUCCUUCCGAGUGGUGUCGCCCAGGCCGGGCCGGGGAGCGGGGCGCACACGUGGGCCGCGCCGAGCCGUGCCGUGCCGUGCCGUGCCGCGCAGGAUGCCGUGCUGCGGUGGGUGAUGGCCGUGUGGGCUCGGCACGCCGCCCGCUGGGGCUGCCUGCUGAGCACGGCCCGUGCUGCUGCUGAGCUUCCUCGGCGGCUCGGGGUUGCCGCCUGCCCCGCACGGGCCUGCCCUGAGCCGGCCCGUCGGGCUGUGCUGCCCGCUGAAAGGGAGGCGGCUCUGUGCGGACUGCAGGGGCACAGGCGGCUGUCCGCACGGAGCUUUUCCCCGCCCGACUGCGCCAAGGAUGCAGCCUUCUCUGCUCCCGAAAGUAACCUGCCUUCAGUGCAACAGGAACAAGCAAAACCAGAAAUAUUACCUGAUCUGAAUGCAAAAAUACUGGACGAAGACUGGGAUGACAUCCCACCUUCAUCUGCUCUGGAAGUAAUUUCUGAGGAAGAAGCUGUACAGAUCAUUGCAGAACCACUUCUCCCCAUUCAGUCCUCCACGCUCCGAGAUUACGUUGAUCACUCAGAAACCCUUACAAAACUUGUCCACCUAGGAGUUGACUUAUCCCAAGUGGAGAAACGUCAAAAGGCAGGUCAGCUCUUACUGACCUUGGACUUUGAAAAAGAUGUAAAAAAAAUACUUCUGUUUCUUAAGGAUGUGGGUGUAGAAGACAAUCAACUAGGACCAUUCCUGACCAAAAAUCCAUACAUUCUUGGUGAAGAUCUGGAAGCUUUAGAAACCAGAGUGGCUUACCUAAAAUCAAAAAAAUUUGGUAAGUCCGAAAUUGCUCAGAUGGUCUCAAGAGCUCCAUAUUUGCUGUUGUUUUCAGUGGAAAGAUUGGAUAACAGACUGGGUUUCUUCAAAAAUGAACUUGGUCUCAGUGUAAAAAAGACAAAGGAUCUGGUAAUUCGUCUUCCAAGGCUACUGACUGGCAAAAUAGAGCCUGUAAAAGAAAAUCUUCAGGUUUGUCAAAUUGAACUUGGUUUUCAACGUAAUGAAAUUCAACAGAUAGUGUGUAAAACUCCCAAGAUUUUAACUGCAAGUAAAAAGAGACUCAAACAGACAUUUGACUACUUACACAACAUAAUGGGCAUUCCCCACCACAUGCUUACUCGCUUUCCUCAGGUUUUCAACUCAAAGCUGUUACGAAUCAGAGAGAGGCAUAUGUUUCUUGCCUUCUUGGGAAGAGCCCAGUAUGACCCAGCCCAGCCCAGCUACAUCUCCCUGGAUCAGCUGGUAUCCCUGCCUGAUGAGGUGUUUUGUACAGAGAUUGCCAAAGCCUCUAUGCAGGACUUCGAAAAUUUCUUAAAAACACUUUGAUUAGUAACACAUGUAAAAAGUUGUAGAAUUAAGUUGCAAAAUAAACAUACUUUAUAAAACUA